AUGUCUCGAAUGGGAACAGCGACGAGAAUAAUUAUUUUGCUGCUGAGCUGGCCAUGUGCGAGAGCGAUCGAAGACGAGAAGCCACCAUCGGAAGAGGUGAUCGAUCAGCUCGCCACAGCAUCCGAGAACCAGCCAGUGGCUCAUGACGAACCGAAGGAUCCUCCGACGACGGUGGAAUCGUCGGAAGGCUCAACGACCUUGAACCCGAUCAAUGUGGCGGAGAUGCAUUACGAGAAUGCAAACGGUUUCGUACCGAUGAGGUCGAUCGAUUAUGGCGGAUCGGAAUCGCCGGAUGCUGAGGAAACAAGUGCAGCGAACGAGGACAACGAGACUGGAGCGAACGAAGAAGUUUCUCAAACGGCAGAGAAGAUCGAGGACGAUCCAGCUUACUCGACGGAAGCAAGAAUGUUCUUGAACCUCGCAGGGCCCAGUGCUGAUCGAAGGUCCUUCGAUACUCAGGACGCUCAAAGCGAAUUCGAGAUUCUCAAGGUCAACAAAGAGACCCCAGCAGUCGCGAAUUACCACACGUUUUAUGAGAAGGUGGAAAACAAUUUGGGGCGCAGCAGAGGUGGCUCCCAAGUUGGAUACGAGGAAGAAACCGGGGGCGGCAGAACGAGUGCGCAGAACAAAAGGACCAAAGACAGAAUCAAACAAAUUGAAAAAUAUUUUACGAACUAUCAGAUGAACGAGGAUAGAAAAAACGCUGAACCUUACGAGCAAUUUUACAAUAAUUAUCAAUCUGGACAAUCGCGAUCACCGAACAGGCAGAAAGACAUAUUUGAACCAGCAAAAGUACAGGAUUUUGGGGAGCAAUCAGCCGCAUCGAAUUAUGACGUGUACAGCGAAUCUCCUCAACACCACAAAACUCCAGGUUCGCUGAAAUCGAACAGUUACGAUAGCGGCAUGACAAGUUCCAGACCAAAUUAUCCUGCGACCGGCCCGAAAAAUCGGUUCGAAAAACCUGUCAUCGUGGUCGAACCUAGUGACUUCAGACUCGACAUAAAAUAUGGCACGCAGCAAGUUUCAGCGAAAUCCUCGAGCGUCGAUAAUCACAGAAGUCAGAAGCACAGAAAAACCUCGCCGGAAAUGGAGUCGUCGAGUCACUACGAUGACGAUUCGAGAGUUAAUCGCGAAGAUCGUUACGGACCGAGUUACGAGAGAAGCGAGGACCUGGGGGACUAUUCCGGGGAGGAUGAGUACCUGGAAAUCACCGAGAAACCGAGACGGAUUCAUAAAAGUAGGAGACGUCCGCACAGCACAGAGAGCUCCAGAAGGUUGCCCAAGGAGCAUCGCAGCCACGUCCACGAUGACCUGGAGCCCGAAGAUCCUCGGAAGGGCGCAUCAUCCGGUCGACCAAAGUCGCACAGACCCAGAGCCAAGCCCAGCUACUGGAUCGAGGAUGAGCAGGGACCAGGUUCUGACGAGAAUUCUGAAGAGGUCAUUGAAAAGCCGAGCGCGCUUUCAAAAGCUGAAGACAAGAGGCCCAAACAAGGCUCCAAGUCCAAAGGAGUUCCUACCUGGAGUCAAGUCGGUCCAAACAUCGAAGUGUCACAUUCAAACGGUUUCGAGAUCGGUCAGAUCGACAAGCCGAAACUCCUCGUUCCAGUUAACCUCAACCUCCUACCAUUGGGCAACUUCGACCACUCCGCCGCCAUCGGUAACAGUCAAGGCUUCGAUUUCACAAACGUACCGAACUUGGUAACGGCGACACCACUCGUCAGCAGCCCAACUCCAAUCCUCAGCACGAGUCACACGCUCGCUAACAAUGCUCACGGCAACUCGCCCAAUCCGACGAAAAACCAGCACAAUUCGGUCCACAAUAAUUACGGAUUGUCAACUCCUGCUCCCGACAUCAUCGUCGGCCAGAAUUCUUACCACAGUCCAGUCCAAGCUCUCCUACUGCCACAGAUGAACGUCAAUACCAAGCUCUCGCCCCACAUGCGGACUCACUACUCACCGAGCACCGUGUCACCCGUUUACGCUGUAACCCACUCGAUCAACAACAACCUCCAAAACAUGGGCCCAACGAUGCCGAGUGUACCGAUGCAAAACUACCAAAGUACCGUUUCCCCACGUCCAGCUAAUCAAGUCCACCAGAACGCGCAACACUUCGCAGUCAAUCCUGUAACAGCUCCGCCGCCAUUGUUACUGCCCCAACCGACCCUCCAGUCCAUUCCUCUCCUGCACACUCCCUACAACGGACACUCGAAUUACAACAUUCUUGUUAACCCGAAUGGACUCCAUGGUCAAAACGUGAUCCAAAACGCCAACGGGCCGAGUGGGGCGGGCCAGAAUUCGGCAUCCUCGACGACGACCCCUCAGCCGAAUACGAUUUCAAGCAUAAAUUACAAGACGGCGGAGACCCAAGUGAGGAAAAACGUCGCGACUAAUUCCAAUGGACAGUAUGUCACGACUGCGAUCUUUUCCGUUGGCAAUCAGGGCCCUUCCAGCACCGGAAGUGAGAACAAAUAUUAUUUACCGACAAGCAAUAACAACAACAACAAUUUUUACAAUGGUAAUCAGAAUAAUCAGCAAGUAAUCAGGCCCCAAAAUCAAGAAAAUUAUUAUCAAAUAUACCGCGACGAUCAGAACGCCAAUGGGAAGUUAAAGACUUACGUGCAGACUGCGCAAAUGGUACCAGCCAUACUUCAUCACCCGAACGGCGUCCCAGCAGCCAAUUUGAAUAAUGAGCACCACACCAGCUUCGGUGGGCAAUUGCAGGGGCAACCGAGCGUGCUGACCCCCAACGUCGUUCUCCAAGCACCACGAGCUCAGAAUCAACAAAUUCUCAAUGCUGCCAACGACAUAUUUGAAAAUACGUGGAAGCAGCUCCAGCAAUUGCGGACCAACGAGGAUGCUGCGCGACGUUUUCCUCUCCAGCACGUUUACAGGGUCAACGAUAACCUCGGCAGCACGAGCAACCUCAAUGGCAACAGCGUCAACGCUCUUCCAGGUGGAAACUCUGGCAACGCGCAUUUGCCCAUUCUGGCCAAUCAAAAUGUCGAGAUCAUCAAUCCCAACAUCAAACCAAGCCCCGUCGACACUUCCAUGGUCAAUCCUUACGAGGCUUUCGGUCAUUAUCCCGCAGCGGUUCUCACGACCCCGAUUCCGAUAUUCAGCACGACAGCUAGUUUCUUGGUUCCAAGACCCAUCGUCGCGAGUACGACACCCGCGCCCAUCAAUCUCCAGAACUACGUUGACCAGCUAACGCACCUGGGUGCUCAGGGCAAUCAAGUUAACAAGGUCGAAGCCAGGCCAGGAUUCAAUAGCCAGGAUAAUCAACGCGGAGUCUACAACCCGAUAAAUUUCGUGCCAAACGUCGACUUGAUGAAGAGCCAGUCGAUGCUCAACAGCAAGAACACCGAGCCUCUGCCGAACCAGUUGAACCUGGUGCCACUUAUUCCGGGCGGUAAUUUCUACAAGCAUUCCCCCGGGGCGCAGAGUGAACUCGUUCAGAAGCCACGCUUGAGCAACGAUCUCGAGAAAUACGCUGAGGAGAUGUUCAAGGAAUCUUUGAGAACGAUUUACAACACUCACAAGUGGAACAGCGACAGAAGAUUUCGUGGUAAUUACAGUGCAGCGGAGCUGAACGAGCUCGCUAAAUUGAAGAGCGAGUUGCAGCGUUACAAGGCAGCGUCGGAUUCGAAGUACGGACCAAAGGACAUCCUGGAGGCUCACCAUUCCGAAACUAACAUAAGAACAGCAGACUCAUCGGGCAGACCAACGAAGAAGCCGGAACUCUCGAUGGCCGACAUCGAGCAGCUGUUCAAGUCCGAUUUCAAGCUCAGCUUGCCUCCGUCCGGAGAGUCAUCGCACCGUGGUUCUCACCCGAAGAAUCGUCCGGGUCAUGGCUCGUCGAGGCCGUCCAACGAACAUUCCAGCGACUUCGGGAACACCAAAUUAUCGGAUUUCCUCACCCCGCCCAAGGUCAACUCCUUCGUAUCGAAAAGCCCCUUCAUCGACACGCCGAAACCCGGGAAAAAACGACCAGGAUCACACUCCCCCAGGUUCAACUCGAACAGCGCAAACAGCAGACACCUUCCUCGAGCGAGUUCCCUCGUCUCAAGGUCCCCCUCCAAUCACGAGGCCUCGGCGAGUCAUCGCGUCGAGAAGUAUCGAAGUUAUCCAACCUUCACAACCCCCUCUGCCCCGGACAGCGACCUCUUCAAGCCUUCCAGCAGCGAACGCUUCUCCAAGACCGAUUACUACGACAUCAACCAUCCCCGAAUGCACAACCUUCUUGGCCUCCUGAUGAAAAACAAGCAGCUACCCAAGGGAAGUUCCCAAAGCAUCUUCCGGGACGAGGACGAACUCGGGCAGUACUUCGACGAUGAGAGACGACGGAUUCACACAGAAUUUUUCAACGAUAAUAACAUGCACAUGCAGAAGAAAUUAGGUGCUCCAAUCAACAUGAUGGGGCCACCAGCUCCACCUCGUUUCACACAAAUCCGAGCCUACCCCACUCAAAUAGCUUAGUUUCGCAAUCUUUGUUUCUUUCUUCUUCUUCUUUUUUUUUUUUUAAUCUUUUUCAAUGGUCGAGAUACAUCCAAAGAAAUUCGACGAUCAUUAUUGACCCUCGAGAGGGACGAAUGGUCCAGAUUAAAACGAAUUGGUUUUAAGCCAAAGAACAUGUCAUUGUCUCUUACAGUAACUCAUUCACAUUUUAAACGAUGUUAUGCGUGCUUAAGUAAUAAUGUAAAUAGAUAAAUAUAAGAGUAUAUAAAAUUGUUGUAACUUAUGGAAAGCUGA